AUGCAAAAAUUUAGAAAUAUCGCAUCUUUUUCUUCAAUUCCAUCAUAUUUUACUCUAGACCCAUAUUAAUUGUAAAAAAAGUCAUAUAAUAAAUUAGAUCAUCUAGAAAUUCUUAUAAGGUAUAAAAUUUUUUGGGUGGAAAAUGGAUUAAUUCUGAUAAGUAUGAAUAAAUAAUAGAUCCUCUUAAUGGUGAGCCAUUUAUUUAAGUUCCAGAUAGUUAAGAUAAAGACUUACUAUAGGAAUAUAUAAAAUCAGCAAAAGAUUGUCCAAUUAGUGGAUUGCAUAAUCCAUUAAAAAAUCCAUAAAGGUAUUAAGUUUAUGGAGAAGUGUGUCAUAAAAUAGCAGCAGAAUUAAAAAAAAAAGAAGUUCAUGAUUUUUUUGUGAAAUUGAUUUAAAGAGUUGUGCCAAAACAUUAUGCAUAAGCAUCAGGAGAAGUAGUAGUGACAGAAAGAUUUUUUUAAAAUUUUAGUGGUGAUUAACCUCGUUUUUUAACAAGAUCAUUUAAUGUAGCAGGAGAUCGUGAUGGAUAAUAAUCAACAGGAUAUAGAUGGCCUUAUGGAUCUUGUGCAAUAAUAGCUCCAUUUAAUUUUCCACUAGAAAUACCAAGUUUAUAAAUAUUUGGUGCAUUGAUGACAGGAAAUAAAGUAUUCUUCAAAGGAGAUAAUAGAGUAAAUGUAGUAAUGGAAUAAAUGUUAAGAUUGGCAUUACAUUGUGGUUUACCAGAAAAAGAUAUAGAUAUGUUAUUUGCAGAUGGAAAACAAACUGAAUAUAUUUUAAAAAAGGGAAAUUUCCGUAUGACAUAAUUUACAGGAUCAUCUAUUAUUGCUGAACAUUUAACAAAAGUAUUGAAUGGAAAGAUAAGAAUUGAAGAUGCUGGAUUUGAUUGGAAAAUACUUGGUCCAGAUGUACCAGAUGUAGAUACUUAAAAUUAUGUUGCUUGGUAAUCUGAUUAAGAUGCUUAUGGAAGUACAGGUUAGAAAUGUUCAGCAUAAAGUAUUCUAUUUGUUCAUGAGAAUUGGGUUUAAGCAAAGUUUUUAGAUAAAAUUCAGCAAUUAGCUAGUACGAGAAAUUUAAAUGAUCUAAGUUUAGGUCCAAUAAUAACUUGGAAUAAUUCUAAAAUAGAAUAGCAUAUUAAAUCUAUAUUAGAAAUUCCUGGAACUAAAAUAUUGUUUGGUGGUUAAGAAUUAAAAAAUCAUUAAAUUCCAUCAGUUUAUGGUGCAUAUGAGGCAACAGCUGUUUAUGUCCCAUUAAAUGAAAUAUUGAAUAAUAAAUAGGUGACAAAAGAAUUAUUUGGACCAUUUUAGAUUGUUACAACAUAUUCUUCAAAUUAAAUAGAUGAUGUUUUAAAAAUUAUAAAUUAGUUUGAGAAUCAUUUAACAGCUGGUAUAGUGAGUAAUGAUGUAAAUUUCUUAAGAUAUGUUUAAUCAAAUACAACAAAUGGAGUAACAUAUAGGUAAAUAGAGAUGAUAAUAUUUUUAGUGGUAUAAGAGCAAGAACUACAGGUGCUCCUUAAAAUCAUUGGUUUGGACCAUGUGGUGAUCCAAGAGGAGCAGGUAUUGGUACACCUGAAGCAAUUUUAUCAGUAUGGACUACUCACAGAGAAAUUAUUCAUGAUACAUAAUUAGCUCCAAGUGGAUUCAAAGGAUAAUAAAGUUGAACAAAAUUAAA